AUGCCUCUUCUCGAAGCCCGUGUCAAGAGCAUUCUGUCGGGCGACACUCUCAUCCUGACUCAUGUCACCAACCGCAGCCAGGAACGGACUUUGAGUUUGGCCUACGCCUCUGCCCCGCGGCUACGUAGAGAAGGUGACGAGCCAUUUGCCUUUAAGUCUCGAGAAUUCCUGCGUGAGCUGCUUGUCGGCAAGGUUAUCCAGUUCCAGGUGCUCUACACCGUCCCCACUACGAAACGGGAAUACGGUAUCGUGAAGCUCCCUAAUAACCAGGAGCUACCAGACAUCUGCCUGGCAGAGGGAUGGGUUAAAUUGCGCGAUGAUGUGAGCAGGCGAGAAGAGUCUGAGGAUACUGUGGUGCUAUUGGACAAGCUGCGAGGUCUCGAAAGCCGUGCUCGGACGGAAUCAAAAGGGCUCUGGGCAUCGACUGGCGGGCACAUCGAGUCAGCUUACGAAGUGGCAGAUCCGAAGGCAUUAGUUGAGAGUGAGAAAGGGAAGCAGAUCGACGCAGUUGUGGAAAAGGUGCUUAGUGGCGACCGUUUGUUGAUAAGACUAUUGCUCUCUCCAGAGAAACAUCUUCAGACCCUGGUUGUUAUUGCGGGAAUCCGUGCUCCAGCUACAAAACGGACCAAUGCUGAUGGUACGGAAAUACCAGGUGAACCAUUGGGAGAACAGGCUCAGCAAUUCGUGGAGCUCAGACUGCUUCAGAGGAAGGUUAAGAUUUCACUGCUUGGUGUGAACCCGCAGAACCAGCUUAUUGCCAACGUUCUCCAUCCCAAUGGCAAUAUUGCCAAGUUCGUUCUAGAGGCUGGACUGGCAAGGUGUGCAGAUUACCACUCUACUAUGAUUGGGAAAGAAAUGGCUACCUUACGACAAGCUGAGAAUGCGGCUAAAGAAGCUCGGAAAGGGCUGUUUACCGGGUUUGCUGCCCCCAAAGGAGGGUCUGCUGCCGCCCAAGCGGACUUCGUUGUUAGUCGCGUGUUUAGUGCAGAUACGAUUUUCGUACGGUCAAAGGCUGGAAAAGAUGAGAAGAAAAUAAGCCUCAGCAGCGUCCGGCAACCAAAACCAUCCGACCCCAAGCAGGCGCCAUUUAUCGCGGAAGCCAAGGAGUUUUUACGCAAGAAGCUCAUUGGUAAACACGUCAAAGUCAAGAUUGAUGGAAAAAGACCUGCAUCAGAAGGGUUUGAAGAACGUGAGGUUGCUACAGUUAUAUCAGGAAAUACGAACGUGGCAUUGCUCCUCGUGCAGUCCGGUUACGCUUCUGUCAUCCGACAUCGUCGGGAUGAUGACGAUCGCUCUCCUGAAUACGAUGCUUUACUACAAGCGGAAGAAACUUCUCAGAAGGAAGGAAAGGGAAUGUGGUCUUCUAAACCACCAACAACAAGAACACCACAGGACUACUCUGAAAGUGUACAAAAGGCUAAGGUUCAGGCCUCUGUGAUGCAACGACAGAGGAAGGUUCCUGGUGUAGUCGAUUUUGUAAAAUCUGGCUCGAGAUUCACCAUCUUAUUCCCAAAAGAUAAUGCCAAACUCACUCUGGUGCUUGCCGGUAUCCGUGCGCCGAAAUCAGCAAGAAACCCAGGAGAGACUUCAGAACCCUUUGGCCAAGAAGCCCAUGACUUUGCCUAUCGGAGAUGCAUGCAGCGUGAUGUCGAAAUUGACGUAGAUACCACUGACAAUUUUGGCGGUUUCAUCGGCAGCCUAUAUGUCAACAGAGAAAAUUUCGCCAAGGUUCUCGUUGAAGAGGGCCUUGCUACUGUCCACGCCUACUCUGCUGAGCAAAGCGGGCAUGCUGCGGAGCUUUUUGCAGCGGAAAAGAAAGCUAAAGACUCACGGAAGGGCCUAUGGCAUGAUUGGGAUCCAAGUAAAGAUCUCGAAGAGUACGAGGACAAUUCACUCAGCGCAAUCAAUGGUGCAGAUGAUGGCACAGAUGCCCUCGAGCGAAAGAAGGAUUAUCGCGACGUAAUGAUCACAAACGUCGACGAAACAGGGAAACUAAAAAUCCAGCAAAUCGGCGCGGGCACCACUGCACUCAUCGAGAUGAUGAACGCCUUCCGAGCCUUCCACCUAAAUAAGGCCAAUGAUGCGCCGCUAAGUGGCCCACCCAAGGCUGGAGACCUAGUCGCUGCCUGCUUCAGUGAAGAUAAUGAAUGGUACCGUGCCAAGAUCCGGCGAAAUGACCGGGACGCCAAAAAGUCUGACGUUGUCUACAUCGAUUACGGCAAUUCGGAAACAGUCCCCUGGACCCGUCUGCGACCACUGACGCAACCCCAAUUUUCCACGCAGAAAGUUAAGCCACAGGCGUCUGAUGCGGUUCUCUCGUUCCUGCAAUUUCCUGUCUCUGCUGAGUACCUGCAGGAUGCAGUGGAGUAUCUGGGUGAACGGACCUUUGACCGGCAGUUGGUUGCUAAUGUUGAUUAUACAGCGCCUGAAGGGACGAUGUAUGUCACUCUGCUGGAUCCAUCGGAGUCGAAGAGUCUCAAGCAAAGCAUCAAUGCUGAUGUGAUUCGUGAGGGUCUCGCGAUGGUUCCGCGCAAAUUGAAAACAUGGGAACGGUCUGCGGGGGAGACGUUGGCGUAUCUGGAAAAGUUGCAGGAGGAGGCUAAGGAGGGGCGGAAGGGGAUGUGGGAGUAUGGAGAUCUGACGGAGGAUUAG